AACCCCCAACAACCGCCAACAACCGCCACCGACCGCCAACAAUUGCCAGGAGAGAUGCAUCAUGUGCUUGAGGUGGCAUCGUGCGCCCUCCUCCUCGCCCUCGGCACCUUCACCGGGGUGCUAGCGGAGGGUGCGGCAACCGGGGAGCCCGGUGAGGAGCCCGGCAGGGAGCCCGUCGGCCUGGAAGGGACCCGGUCCCUCCAGGAUUCACCCGACAAACGGGACUGGUCUCAGCUGCAUUCUUCAUGGGGAAAGAAGUCCGAUCUCCCCCGUUUCCCCUCCACCCCAUCCACCCCUCCACCUCCUCCAUCCCUCCACCUCCUCCACUUCUCCACAUUCUCCACCCCUCCACAUUCUCCACUCCUCCGCCUUCUCCACCCCUCCAUCUCAACUUCCUUCACUCCUCCACCAUCUCCACCUUACCCAUCCCCUCCACCUCCAUCAACUGCGCCACUCAGGCCUCAUCCCAAGAAAAAAAUGGCCUGGAUCAUGAAAUUUCUCCAUCUUUACGAUCUGUUGAUCUUUGACCAGCCCGCCUUCGUGACUCCAUCUCGUUCUCUCUUGUCCAUCUCGCUGAAUCGUCUCCCUCCCAAUUUUCCUAAUGCAAUUUCCAUCGACGAGCAGUCGCGGAUGUCGGUGGCUUCGCAUUUCUCAUCGUUUCUUAUGGUUCGACGACCCGGCUGA